AUGAGCAUCAAUGUUUGGAAGAGAGACAGCGAGACCUUUAACCCCAAGAACACCACCCCUACUGUCCAGCAUGUUACUUCUUAUGUUACUGCAUUACUGAGAAAAGUAGAGGUAAAGGUAACAGAUAGUAGACCUCGUGUGUGUGUGUGUGUGUGUGUGUGUCUGUGUGUGUGUGUGAGACCAGACGCACCAGGCACAACUCAGGCUUUGCUGCUAACAGAAGGCUCCAUCUCUGCAGUCCAGCCUGCCUCACUCUCUGAUCUCAGCAACAUUACAGUUAUAGUUCUUAGUCACAACCAUAUCUCAGUGCUGAGUGAACAGUCCUUCAGAACCCUGCCGUUCCUACACACCUUACUGCUGGACCACAACCUCCUGACCAGCCAAGCUCUACAAGGGGGAGCUCUGACCAAUCUAACCCAGCUGGAAGUCCUCGCCCUAGGCCACAACCUCAUCAGCGUGAUCCGAGCUGGCUGGCUUAAAGGUAGCAGAGCGCUGCGGAGCCUGAAACUGGAGGGAAACCUGCUCACCAGUUUGGACUCUGAUUCCUUCUCUCUGAAUGAUCUCAAACAUCUGGAGAGUCUGGAUCUGUCAGAUAACUUGAUAGACCAUCUCGAUAGGGACAGCUUCAGUGGGUUGAUGAGCCUGCAGAGUGUAGAUCUUUCCAGAAACCAUCUGAGUUCUGCACCUGCUGAGGCUUUUUCCUAUCUCAACUGGCUGACAAACCUCAACCUCGAUCGCAACUUAUGGAACUGUUCCUGUCAGCUGCUAGAGCUGGCUGCCUUCCUGUCCACCUUCAUGCAACAACCAGACAAGACUAUCUAUAAUGGUCGUAGGAUGGUGUGUGUGAGCGCUGACAAUCCAGCUGUAACCACAGUGCUGGAGCUGACUGAGGCCAACUGUGUUCCACCGAAUCAGAACAUUACAGUGCAGAUUGAGACAAGAGGCAGUGUGAUGCCGCAACUGUAUGCCCGAGAUCUGGCCAUCACAGCAGUCACCUGCUUUAUUGGUGGGAUUUGCUUGACCCUGCUGGUCGUCCUGAUCAUCUAUCAAGUGUCUUUAAGGAAGAAACUGAAUGAAGGCAAAAUACAGAAAGAGGAAGAUGAGGGAAGCAGCACAAUGGAAAAUCACCAUCGCAAUCACAUAGAUAUUAGUGAGAAGAGAAAGGACCCAUUCUUGCAAGCAAAUAGCAGCCAGUCUUGGGAGAAGGAAUUCAUGACCUUGGAUGUAAGGACAAAUGGCCAUGGUCAACAGCUUAGAUCCAGACCUGAUGAAAAUGGCAUCCAAUUUUGGUGUCUGGACUGUAGAACCAAAGGACAGAGAGGGAUGGGGCCAGACCCAAUGAGGUGGACCAACAGGAUAAGUGGAGGGAUGGAUGCAGAGGAUGAAAUAAGGAAGAGGGGAGUGAGGAUGAUGACAGAGGAAGAAAAGAAGAGGCUUGGGACUCAGCAGGAGCUCGUGGGCAGGGACUUUCCCAACAAGCUUCUCUCUCAUGGCAACCACAACUCCUUCUCUCAUCCACAAAAAGAAACACUCAGUCAAAGACCUGAAACCUUGGCUGCCUAUGGAGAGAUUGAAGAGAACUACCGGACUGACUUGGAAGUUCAGAGCAAUGGACGUGAGACUUUACACUGCGAGAGCUGCCACAGGACAUACAGAGCACAAGAGCAGAACAUGAGACAUGGUAGGAUUAACACCAACAUAAGAGACUCUGCUCUGUUUGAUGGACUCCCUCCUCAGUUCAGACAGGUUGACAGGGAAAGGUAUGUUAACCACAACCAUUUUGACAUGGUGAGGGACACAGACUUGAGAAGAGGAACAAGAAAUGUAACAUUCGAUCUGGAGAGUUUGAGAACUCUGGAGAAAGGAAAAGAUCAGAGCAAGGAGAAGAGGGAGGAGGACAAGAUGAUCUCUAGAGACAAGGAGAAAGAGAGAAUGAGAACACACAAAGCUAAAGUCCAGUCAAGCCGAUCACUGAAAGUUAAACUAAACUUGAACCCGCUAAGAAAAAGCAAAGUCCAUCCUAAGAGGAAAACUGAGCAGGGCUACUCAGAGAAAAGCAGCUCAAAGAAGAGUACAGAUAAAAGGCAGGAUGGAAAAGAAAGGGGAGAGAGGAGAGGGAAAGGGAAGUCUGUUAAAAAGACUGAGGGUGAUGCAGUUGCAUCUGCUGCGCUGCUGCAGCAGGAGUGCCUGUCAGGGCAAGGAGGAUCAUCCCCAAGGAGGAAGCUGAAGCUGGUGCUUCCUGAGAAGACAUCCAGCCGGCCACCCACCGCACUGGAGCGCAAAAUACGCUAA